AUGAUAAUGAGGAUGAGAUGGAAGUAGUUUAUAAUUUUUAACAUGCUCAUUGUCUUGGUUGCAUUAGUGAAUUAAUAAUAUAUUCUAAAAUCAGGUUGUGUCUAAUCUUCAUUUUUUGAAAAGUAAUUAAGUCAGUAAGAAAUUGAAAAUAUAUUAAUUUAGAAAGUACUUAAUACUAAAAAAAUGUGAAAAAUAUGUGAAUCACUUACAUAAUUCAAAUAAUAAUAUUAAUUCUAUAAUAGAAAAUUAAAUAAUAAAGAUAUUAAGCUAGGUAAAUGCCAGCUUGUAAGUAAAAAGAAUACUAAUCAAAAAAUAUUUAGGCAUGUUAAGAUAAUUAAUUGCAAAAAUUUUUGUAAAGGAAAUAAAGAUGAAAAAUAUGUUUGGGUCGUCAUAGAUGAAAUAGUAGAUAUUUCUAGGUUAAAAAUUUCAUUAAAUGCACAUUCAAACUAUUUAAUAAUUUAUCAUUUUAGACAAAUAUCAUUUUACUACCAUUUCUUAGCUUUGGCUACUAAGAUCUUCUUGCUUUAAACAGGCUAUAAUUGUUUUUUUAGAAAAAAAUUACUAUAAUUAAUUUCACUUUUUUCCAAUAAUUAAGUUAAAAUUUCUUUAAUUAAUAGAUUUUAAUUUAGUUGUUCUAUUGCUAUUUUCAAGUUGGUUCCUACCUUUUUCCGAUAUAAAAUCGCUUUUUAAUUUUUUCAAUCAACUCCUCUAAGUUUAGAUUUUGAAUUGA